AUGGAUAGGCUACCAGAUCAAACGCAAGCUGAAAGAAAAGGAAGAAAACUUGACCGGAACCUCAGAACUUACCAGGACCAAAACUUCGCGCCGAUUCCCCAAAAGAAGUCACAUCAAGCCGUGACAAACAUUCGACCGGAGUUCUACUAUUCGAGUACUAGUGCACUCGAGAUCACAAAAAACAGUGAAGUGCACAAAAAAGUUUGUUUUCAUCAGUAAAAUCAAGACGGUUCGUAACUGCGUUUCAAAAGAAUAAUUGAAAUUUGCAUUCGCAUCCAACACUGCCGCCAUAAACGUUUUUGUAUCCAAUGGGCCUAGGAAAAUCCACAUGAAGAUAUAUUGACUGACCGUACUCUUUACGCUUCUGGGUUUUACAUCCACUAACUUUUUUUUUAGCCGAAACGGAACACCCGGGAAAACGAGAAACAGAAAUCGAGUAUAUCACGAAUUGAAAUUCCAAGGUAUUUUUGAGAUUUUUUCAAAAUUUCGUCAGUCAGACUGUUUUAGUGAGAUUAUCAUUGAAAAUGGGAUCCUUUCGAAGAAUGAAGAGCUGAUGAUUCCGAAAGAGUUUUUGAAUAGUGAUCUCUAUCCUGGAGCGAAGGUGAACUUUUUUCAAUAACGAGUUUACCUUGACAUUACAGUUCACUCUGUUAGAUGUUCAAAAGGAGCACUUGCUUAACCAAACAUUGUUCAAUUUAUUGGGAUUCCACGGCCCCACGCCAAGUAUACCGCUUUUAGCGCUACUUGCAGCAGCUAUGGAGGUUAUCAGUUGUGUAAUUUUUAAACACGUUCAGAAUAAAAUACAGGAGAUGCCGUACAUUGAUCGAUCGCCGUCUGAUGAUUCGAAUGAACUGGGAGGGUAUUUGAAAUCUCAUCCUCACUGUUUCUACUCUAUACCCAAUGAACAAGGCGAUCUAGUGGCACAAAACAGGAAUUUGGGCAGUCGGUUAGUUAGAGAAUAAGUACAAGUAGAGCAUAAAAGGAAAAUUUUGCGACCGCGUAAACAUCUUUAAUGCCAAAUAAAGAUCCUGGCAGUCUCAAACCUGCGAAAUUUUCUAGUUUUAGAGAGCGAAAGGCUCAAAGUUUUCGAAUAACCCAUAGCAUCAUCUUUUCAUGGUUUUAUUUCACUUUGAGGCAUUCGUUCUUGAAAAGUUUCGAGUUACAAAGUUUGUGAAUGCUUUCGUAAACUUUUACCUUGAACGCUUACGUGUGCAAGUGAAAAUUCAAUAAGUCCUGCAGGAGGAAUUUUACCUACAAAAGUUUUUAAAACUAAGAUUUACUCCGGGAUGUAGGUUCGAACAAAAUAAAACUUGAUUCCAAUCUCAGGAGGUAGUGGGGACUAGAACUUAAAAAAGCUUGGGAAAGGGGUUAGCGGCCUUCAGAAAUGGUCUGCAACAUAAGAUUAUCAUAGCAUGAAAUCAUCGCAGAACUUGAAAUAAACUAUUUUUCUAGUUUUCAAAAGGAUUUCAAUGAAAAACGUUUAACAUGUACAGAAAAUGUGUGAUGAAAGCCGCCCAAUGGAUUUUUUACAAAGGCUCCAAAGAACAGGGGAUUUCACUCGAGCAACUCAACAGCUUGUAAGUUUUACAAACAAAUUAAAAACAUGUUACCUAAAGAUAUCAGGUUGAAAAGCGACUUGGAAGAACACGAAAAACUGCGGGAUCCGCAAGUCGUCUUUUCGAACCGCUACAGAACUUCUGACCGUUCUGAAUAUUUGGAAAAUUUAAAAAGGGACUUUGCAUUGGCCUAUGAAACUACCCGUUUCAUGAUUCUGCAGAACUCUGCACUGUUCGAACUAAGUAAGUACCAAUAGCAGGCUUUACAUAAACUACAACGUCUUUUUUUUCAAAUUUACGCGUUUACAGCCGAAAAUGAUAUGGUAAAACUAACCCGCGCUCGCCUUCGAGUUACCUUCGGUUUGGAUUACAUCCGCCCUGCCACGGUAUCCCGCCGAGAAAUAUUACGAUAGAAGUGAUGUUCACGUUUUCUCGUCUGAUAUUAUUGCCUCUUCUCAUAUUUAUGCAAAGGUAAAUUUUUUUUUCAAUAAUGGCGAACAGGAACUAAUCAACUUAAGGGUGAAGUGGUCGACGGCCCUUGUGGAAAUUUGACGGUAUACAUUCUCCGCAAUAAUAUCAACAUGGCGGAUGAGGACUUUCGCAGAAAUUUCCUUGUCGGCCGAAGGGUUAGAAAAUUUUACUUUGUAGAUCUGUUGCAAUAGGUUAUUUGAAGUCACAAGGAGUGCUUUCACCAAAAAUGAUUUUUAGUGAGACACUUCGAUAAAUCUGUGAGAUUCAAAGAAAAGAGAGGGGUUGGAGAUUAAAAAUAAGUAUAUCAUAUUAUAUUUAGUGUAAUUGCCGUUGUCACAUGACAUACAAUUGCGUUUCGGAUUUUUGUGCUACGGAAGCCGUUGUAGCUACGAUCAUAGAGGGAGAUUCGAAAGUUUCGUGCAUAGACGACCUUCAGAAAAAAAUCGAAGGUAUGUCAUGCAUAUAAUGAAGUUAAAACUGUUAUGGGAUCUUGAACUUUCCUCUUCCAAAUUUAAGUGGGAAUCGAUUAUAAAGAACUCAAAUCUUUGUAGAAGGAUAGUUUUAGACAUUUUACAGAAACAAAAAAAUGGGAGAUUGAACAAGGGAGACUGAACACUUUCGAAAGCUUCAAAGAAAAAUGUGUGGACUUGGAUGAAGAGAUUUUCACUGUUGAAACACUUUACCGUUUCACUCGAAGCCUGCCCGCGUAAGUUUUUGGAAAAUUGACUAAUCGGGAUCAGGUAAUCAAUGUAUACCGAGACUAUACCUCAAAAUGGAUCAGAAUAAUAUGAUAUUAUGCUCAUCGUUAUCCCUUCGGUAUAUUCAGCCCUAUCGGAGUUAUACCGAUAGUGCUGAGCUAUUUAUCAAGAUUCUUUCGCAUUUUGUUAGAAAAUUGCAAGGUAUACUGUCACUGGUAUUACUGCGAUACCCGAACGCGAUUUUUUGGGAAUCAUCAACGAAUAAAACGGGAAUUUUAGCGGAGAAUCUCGGUUUCUUAACAUUAGAGACGCCGAAAAGUUCUUGUUCAACCAUCCCGAACUGACUGCUCAGAAUCCAGAAGAACCGGGGUACUAUUAUUUUUCAGAAGACCGGCAAAGAAAUGUGAGUUUUUAAAUUUAUUUUUCUCAAAAAGUAUAUAAUACCCACAUCUUGAUAAAAAAAUUAAAUUUUUUUAACUUUUUAUUACUUUCGAUAUAAAAAAAUCAAUAGAGAAGAUGGAUUUUUCACACGUAGCUUUUUAGUUUGUGAGCAAUCUUUGAGCCGAAAAAUAUAUGUAAAAACAUAAAGUUGCAGAUUGCGAAUACUGUUGGCACUACUGUUUUAAUUGAAAAAAAUUUUUAUUGAAUGAACAGCUGCAAAAAAAGUUAUUAUAUCGUUUUCAGUUCUUCUCAGUAAUGUACUAUAUGCUGGAAAAGGCGGGCGAAAUGCCCUGGGAGCUCUUCCAAGAGACGUAAGACUUUUUUGGUGUCUUGAAAAACUCACGUAUUUUUUAGUCUGGAAAAAAAGACGGACGAAGACCAAGACGUCCAACAUAUCAUCCGAACAGGAGAUUUGGAGUGGGCUUUGGAUCAACUGAAGAAGGUUGUCAACAUCAAUGAUAGAGAAAAUAUGUGAGUUUGAUAUAAAUUGAGAGUUCUAUGAUAGUGAAGGGAAAUUUUUCAGAGUGUCUCUUCGAGGAAAGUAUUACAAAGAGACGGGUUCUUUCGUUCCGCUUUAA